UUUUUUUCAAAGUGAGUGUCAUUUUUAAAUCAAUAAUUCUUCAGUACAAGGAAAAUUGACAAUGCCAAGAUUAAUAAUUAUUAUUUAUUUUAUUAAUAUCAAUUUUAUUAUAAUGGGUCAAAGUGCCCCAUUAAUAAAUCCGCCAACUUCAACGUUAACAUCAGAUUUUAAGUGGAGAGAAAAUACACUGAUGCCUGUUUGGCUACCAGUAGUACCGAAUAGAAAUAAUAAUUAUCCAAUUAAUGAUUUUAAUUUUUUAAAAAUAAAUCAAAAUGAAUGGGGAAAAGGAUUGAUAAAAAAAUUUUUACCAGAAAUUGAAUCAGCGUUUAUACCACGACAAAUAACAAGUAGAUCAGUAAAACGAGAUUCUAUUCUAUCACCAAGUUGGGGCGCAGGUGGAUUACCUUUUUCUGUUCUAUACAUGAAUUCACAUAACUCGCGAGUCCAACCUACUACCGAUACGAUAAUAAAAACAAAGAAACCUUUAGAAAAUACAUCGAUAUCAAGAGUAAAUAAAAAUCGUAUAAAUGGGCGGAAUUCAUCAGGACAACGAAGACAAUAUUCAAUUAUCCCACAAUUAUUUAUAUCUUACGGCUGGAGUUCAUUUGGGAAAUGAAAAUAAUAAAUUUAUAUUA